AGCCUCAGCUCUGAAGCCAGCACAACCCAGAGCUGAGAGGGAAAGUCAGAGGACAGAAUUACUGGACAAGAGUGACCAUGGACUUGAUCCCAAACUUUUCCAUAGAAACCUGGGUCCUCCUGGCUACCAGCCUGGUGCUCCUCUACCUAUAUGGGACCUAUCCACAUACAGUUUUUAAGAAGUUGGGAAUUCCUGGACCGAAACCUCUGCCCUUCUUUGGAACUCUUCUUUGUUAUCGCAAGGGCUUUGCAGUUUUUGAUACAGAGUGUCAUAAAAAAUAUGGAAGCCUUUGGGGGUUGUACGAUGGCCGUCGCCCUGUACUGGCGAUUACAGAUCCUGACAUGAUCAAAACAGUGCUGGUGAAAGAAUGCUACACCAUCUUCACAAACCGCAGGCCUUUUGGCCCAACAGGAUUUAUGAAAAAGGCCAUCUCCAUCUCUGAGGAUGAAGACUGGAAGAGAAUAAGAACAUUGCUUUCCCCCACUUUCACCAGUGGGAAACUGAAGGAGAUGUUCCCCAUCAUUCAUGAGUUUUCUGAUGGGUUGGUGAAAAACCUGAGACCACAAGCAGAGAAAGGCAAAACUGUGGCAUUGAAAGACAUCUUUGGAGCCUACAGCAUGGAUGUGAUCACAGGGACAUCAUUUGGAGUGAACAUCGAUUCCCUUAACAACCCACAGGAUGUCUUUGUGGAAAAAGUCAAGAGGCUCUUAAAAUUUAAUUUCUUUGAUCCAUUGCUUCUCUCAGUAGUACUCUUUCCAUUUUUAACACCUGUUUAUGAAGCAUUAAAUAUCAACUUAUUUCCAAAGGAUGUUACAGAUUUCCUAAGAACUUCUGUAGAAAGGAUGAAAGAAAGUCGUCUCAAGGACAAAGCAAAGCACCGAGUGGAUUUACUUCAGCUGAUGAUUAACUCCCAGAAUUCCAAAGACACAGAGUCCCACAAAGGUCUAACGGACCUGGAGAUAGCAGCUCAAUCAAUUAUCUUUAUUUUUGCUGGCUAUGAGACCACCAGCAUCACUCUUUCUUUCAUUAUGUAUCUGUUGGCCCUUCACCCUGAUGUCCAAAAGAAACUUCAAGAGGAAGUUGACAGGACUUUGCCCAAUAAGGCUCCUGCUACCUACGAUGCCCUGAUGGAGAUGGAGUAUGUGGACAUGGUGGUGAGCGAGGUUCUCAGGCUCUACCCCAUUGCUGGCCGAGUUGAGAGAGUCUGCAAGAAAGAUGUGGAAAUCAACGGAGUGUUUAUUCCCAAGAACACUGCAGUGAUGGUACCAAACUACGCUCUUCAUCACGAUGCCAAGUACUGGCCCGAGCCUGAAGAGUUCCGCCCUGAAAGGUUCAGCAAGAAGAACAAGGAAAGCAUCAAUCCUUACAUCUACAUGCCCUUCGGAGCUGGGCCCAGAAACUGCAUCGGCAUGAGGUUUGCUCUCAUGAACAUCAAAAUUGCUCUGGUCAGACUCAUGCAGAAUUUCUCCUUCCAACCUUGUAAGGAAACCCAGAUUCCUUUGAAAUUACGUGAACAGGGACUUAUUCAACCAGAAAAACCCAUUUUCCUAAAGAUUGUGUCAAGAGAUGGGACCAUAAGUGGAGCAUGAUUCUCUGCAAAGAUUUUUCGCCGUGCUUUUCAAGGAUAUUG